AUGCUGAUCAUUUUCAUUUUAAUUUUUGUCCUCGCAGUUUCUGUGGCAAGUGGAUUCGCUGCUGUUAACUUUACCACAAAACCCAAGGAUGCGGACUACUUUGUAGCAAGUGAUGCCACUCUUCGAUGGGAAUAUUCCAGCCGGAAGGCAAUCCAGUAUGUAAAAUUUGGAAUCCAAAUCGGCGAUGAUGAUGUUGCUAUUGUUGUGAAAGAUGUUGAUGCUAAAGAAGUUCAGUUUAAUAGCUUUGAUCGGCCACAAGUAACAGAAUCAUUUAUCGGUCGAGUGGAUGUAGUAAAGAACGAACAAGCAAGUUUCAGGAUUAAAAAUCUCACGCUGAAUGAUACGGGAAAGUAUUUUCUCAAUUUGGAUCGGCAAAACGGGAGUAAAAUUCCUCCCCAGUAUGUCCAAGUGACCGUUGUAGGUGAGUAUUUUACAGUUUUGCUUCAAUUUCAUGGUUCUUCUUUCCUCAACAGGCGCGAAUUUUUUAUUCCAUGCGUAAGAAUGAAAUAUGAGAACGAGUAAUGGGUUACGCCAGCGGCAAAUGUACCUUGUUUUGCAAACGAGAGCCGCUCUUAAACACCUGCAUGCAUUUCAUGUCACACGCGUAAAUUCAGCAAAAUUCACGUCCGUUUUAUUAACUCAGAAUAACUCCACUUUCAUUCAUUUUUCAUGUAUUUUAUGACUAAACCGAACGACAUAACUACUAUUUAGCUGAAAAUGAUCAUUCACACACUGGAAGCCGUGCUAAAUUAGUAUUGACUUCUGGCGUGCUGCUGACAUAUUCUUCAUUGUUGUCACAGUUUUUCGCGUGGUCUUCCGAUGCAGCCUGACGAUGGGUUAUCAACUUUGUCUUAACUGGCAUAAGUCUAAAGAUUUUCCGCGAUCUUUUGUGCAGUAAUGAGACAUUUCUACCAUUUUUGUAUUUUGGACAUCUUUCUGUACGACAGCUUUCAACAUGAUAAAAUUCAUUGACAUCCAAGCCUAUAGUUACAAAAAAUAGAUGUGGGAGUCAUUUGUUUUUGGUGAUAAUGUGCGAUAACUUAAUUUUGAUCUGCUCUCAGAAAUAAACAGAACAUUGCCAAAAAAGUUACCGUUUUAAAUUAGCAUUAUCAGAAAGAUAGGUAAUCGCAGUUUGAAAUUUUUCCAAUCGUUUUCACUGUAUUUUCCAAGAGGCAAAUUUUCAAACAUACUAUUUUGAUCGAUCGUUCCCCUAUCGCGUUUUAUUAAUUCUAUCACAUUAAAUAUUUAGAAACUCUCCCAGUGGAAAUCAAUUCAAUAUUCAGAUAGCGUGGUGACUUGAAAGAAUAUAAAAAACAGUGUGACUUACAUUUAGGAUUUCAAUUUCCAGCUGAAAGCAAUAAAAGUACAUUUCAUUAUUUGUAAGUAACUUUCAGACGUCAAAUUGCUUCCAAAAUGUACUUGCGUAUUUUAAUUCAUUUGGAGAAAGCGCGGGGAAAUUUUCGCUGUGACUUACGUUUUGCGGUUUUUGGCAUUUUUGUUUAAAAAAACGGCUAACUUCAGAUACACCAGAUAGCGGCAGAGGUGUAACUGUGAAGUAAUAUUUGUUUAGUGACAUUCGGUUUCCACAACUAGAAUAAUAUAAAUGCUGUCAGCAGAAGUAGUAGAAGUAAAUUUUAGAUCAAACUUUCGAUAGAGAUCGUAAGUUUCGAAUGUAAUUGACGCGGUAAAUGAGCCCUUAAUGUACACGAAGCCGCAGCAAAUGUUGGAAUUUUUUCAUCAAAGCCACGAAAAUUUGUUUCCAAGACCUGAUGAAACGAUCACAAUCUCUAAUGCACGCGGCCAUAUGGUGUGGUGAACCUUGAUUAAUUAGUUUUUGUCGAUCGGUUUAUGAUAAUCAAGUAAUCUCGCAUAUUUAUUCAUAAGUUUGGUUUCAAUCGUACAAAAAUUGAUUUUGUACUAUGCACCGUAACUAUUUUGUCUAAGGUGAUCUUUUUUACCAUUUAGAAACUCCAAUUUAACGUAUUGUUGGAAUAUGAAGGGAGUAGAUUUACCUGUAAAUGGUUAGGCGGCAAAAUUGCAUACGAUGAAGAUCACGACCGAAGGAAAAUCACAUUUCCCAGCCAGGUGCAAAAUUCUUAGUUUAGAAAGCUUUUCAGAAUUUUGAAUUAUCUUAAAAAAGACCCAUAUACCUGGCAUUCGACGCAGUUCUCCUUAAGAGCAGAAAUUAAAUAUGAAAAGCCUUUCAAACUCAAUUUUUACUUGGUCAUUGCGAUGACAGAGUAAGAAAUUAUAAAAGUAUUUUUAUUCACACGUGAGCCUUAUGUCUGAUGUUUUCUGGCUACUAAUUGAAAAGAGACAUUUGCAGAUCAGCCGUAAUAUCUCCUUUGCUGCUUCCUUAUACGGGGUGACGAAAAGUUAAUCUGUUUUAUUUCAGUAAUUUUUUUCGAAGUCAGUAACCGAAACACUUUAUUCCUUUGUUUGACAUUAGUGCGUAGUUUCUUUAGAUACACGUGAUUAUCCAUAUUGUAACAAAGUCCCGAUAUGCACCUUUAAAAAUGAAUGACAACUUGUGGACUGAUCGAAUUUGAGGAUCGCUUUUUUCCCCAAAAGUGACGAUAAUAAUUUUUUUCAUUCUGAUCACAUAAUUACGCCGCGUUCAUAUCUGACAUUUUCUUUUGUUAUCCACGGGAGAGUAACAACUUCGUUUUUGGAAAUAAGUCACGACCAUGCAGCACAUGGCGUGACAGUUUGUUCUUCCCUUCACCUGCCCUUACACGAGGAGGGCGCGUCAGUUGUCUCUCCCUAGUGCGCGCUCAUAGAUAUAUCUCUUUUCGCAAUGGCGAGCAUGAUUAUUAUUAUCUUAUGUGAAUUUAUUUCUGUUCGCUUUUAACGACACCAAGAGGGCUGACUUGCAAAACGAUAGAAAUUGGUGACGAGAAUAUCGUGGCGCUUCAUGAACUUUGGAAAGAAAAGUGCAACUUGUUUCCCUGGGUUGCUAGGGUGCUGGGAUAUAUUUUUUACACAGAUGUCUGUGGUGUCACGUGACAGAUUAUGCUGGAAAGGAGACUGAUCUUAAUUCAACGGAUUUGUCAUUAUUUAUCGUUAGGGAGGGGGUGAAAGGGUCGGAAGGUUUGAGUUGUGUCACGGUAAAAUUGACCUGAUCCCCCAUUAGGCUCUGUAAAACUCUCAUGAUUCCCCCCUUUCUUCCCCCCCCACCCUCUUUGGAAGUUUUCUAAAUCCUCCCCUUUGUACUAUUUUGGAGACGACUGAUUUUCCCUAUGUUCCCCCUAAAAGACCGUGUGUGCCCCCCAACCUCCCUUCCCCCCCUCCGAGUAAUAAAUGAUUAGUGGUACCUGCCUAGGUACCCUGACUGUCGUAGUACUGAAACGAACUCGCGAUUUCCUUAUUUAGACAUUAUUACUGAUCGUCAAAACUCCACUCAGCUGGUGGAGUCAUGGGUAGGGCACAAGGUUUCUCUCAUCUGCAUCGUCACUAAAGCAUCGCCUGGGUUACCUGUGGACUUUGACUGGAGAUGGUCAGACAAUACGCAAGUCUUUGGAAAACAGGUUUAUUGGAAAGGAAAACCGGAUCCUUGGAAAGACCAAAGCCAAAUGACAAUAGAGACGAAUGUUGACCGGGAUUUCGAGCCUGUGACAUGCAUCGCUAAGUCAAGGACUUCAACUCAGCGGUUUGAUAUUGGCAUGAAACAGCUAUGUAAGUGCAUUUCAGUGUCUUCUGCUUAUUUUUGAAUUUAAAAUAAUACGCGUUGCAAAUAAAUUGGAAUCUAUUUGUUUUAUGCAAUGAGGAAGCAAAAUUUGUUAACGAUUACGUCAUUUAUGCGUCUGUCCAUUAAUAGAUCAUAAGUAACAACCAAUCAAAAUGUGUGGAUAAUUCAGCUUGGUAAAUAAAACCUUAAUUAUGAUUGGCAGUUGUCAUUACUUUGAUUUUGGUUUUACGACAGUCAAUCAAUUGAAAACUGCUCCAAUUAUGAGAAGUCAUUAUUUCAAUCAAUCAGUAAUUCAGUAAUUCAGUAAUUCAGUAAUUCAGUAAUUCAGUAAUUCAGUAAUUCAGUAAUUCAGUAAUUCAGUAAUUCAGUAAUUCAGUAAUUCAGUAAUUCAGUAAUUCAGUAAUUUAGUAAUUCAGUAAUUCAGUAAUUCAGUAAUUCAGUAAUUCAAAAUACAAUCAAUCAUUUGUCCUUUCAUUAUUUCGUUUGAAUUAUCUCAGUUGAGAUACAAAUCAUUUGAUAAAUUAAACUUAUUUUUCCUCAGAUAAGCCGCGAGAACCCAUCAAUGUCACAGCAUACGACUUUCCAAGCAAUGAAACUGAGUGCCCCAUGUACAGCAGGCUCACCUGGGAGCCACCCGAGGAGGAUGGAGGAACUCCCUUAACUGGUUUCGUCGUGGAAUAUAAACAUACCAUUUUCACUAACCGGGUUUUCGUCAGCAAGACCAUUAACCGCUGCACAGAGCACGUGAUUUGCAAACUUCAAAGUGAAUUUCCACGUGAGGUGCACGUGGAUGUUAGAGCGAUCAACAGAGUUGGUCAAGGGUUUCGAUCCCGCACAGUCUUGGUUUCAUUUUUCAGUGAGUAUUUCAGUUUUACAAAGCCCUCUACGGUUAUGACACGAUGUCACCAAUGAAGGUUUCUCACUAGAAAAUUGCCCUACAGACUUGCUUGAGAGCUGUCAUCUAAAAGAUUCUAAGUAGGGGGGCAACGAUUGCUUUUAAGGACUUUCCCGAAAGCACGAAAGCGAUUACAGUGAAACGCCGAACAGAAUAAAAAUCGCGCACAACUCGAAAGGUCAAGUUGUCUCGCCUCGGCAGGUAGGGUAACUCGAACAUGCACAACGUUUUCUCACACAUAUACACUUCAGCUUACCCAGCCAAGAAAAGACGGGUCAAAUUUUGUGCAAUAUGUAAUCUUCCCUAGCUGUCACGAUAAAGGCUGGUGAGUGCACAGCUGUUACAACUCACAAUAUUUUAAAGCUUGGAUCUUGCCUUGAAUUUAUUUCAUUAGAAUCACUAACUGCGCCUCUCAACCUGACCAGCAAAUUAGUUCCCAAAGAGCGGGGCCCCUAUGAUGUAUGGGUAACUUGGAGUCCCCCUGAGGAGGACGGUGGUGCUCCUUUGGUGCAGUAUUCACUUGAGUACAAAGAACUUGAAUCGUCUUGGAAUUCUGCCACAGUGCUGAAAACCAACAACACUUACAUGUGGAUCAGUAAAACCCACGAGGCUUACGUGUAUGAAGUACGAGUGACGGCCAGAAAUAAAUUUGGACUAGAAAAAGCCUCGAACACUUUGAUAGUUCAUUUUGGAGGUAUGCUUUCAUUAAAUUUCUCCAGCAGAUAA